UCUACUGUGAGGAGGGUUAGGGUUCGUGGAGGGAAUGUCAAGUGGCGUGCUUUGAGGCUUGACACCGGGAAUUACUCUUGGGGAAGUGAGGCUGUUACCCGCAAGACCAGGAUCCUCGAUGUCGUCUACAACUCAUCGAACAACGAGCUUGUCCGUACCAAGACUCUUGUAAAGAGUGCUAUCGUUCAAGUCGAUGCUGCACCCUUCAAGCAGUGGUAUCUCCAGCACUACGGUGUUGAGGUUGGCCGCAAGAAGAAGACCGCAGCUACUGCCGGCAAGAAAGAAGGAGAGGAAGGUGAAGACACUGCUGCUCUCGAGGAGACAAAGAAAAGCAACCAUGUACUUAGAAAGCUGGAGAAACGACAACAGAACCGCAAUCUUGACCCGCAUAUUGAGGACCAAUUCGCAAGUGGUCGUCUACUGGCUUGUAUCUCUUCAAGGCCUGGCCAGUGCGGUCGGGCAGAUGGAUACAUUUUGGAGGGUAAAGAGCUGGAGUUCUACAUGAAGAAGAUCCAGAAGAAGAAGGGGAAGGGUACCGCUUAGGAUCUUUUUUGAUUCAUUGGUUUGCUAUUUCCUUGGUUUUGGUGGUCUCUCAAUGGUUUGUCUGAUUAUUACGUGACGAAAGGUUUCAUAUGCUUUUUGGGAUUAACCUGUGAUGCCGUUUCCAUAAACUCGGUCAGCGCUCUUGCCUGAGAUUUCUCCGUUAAUAUAAUCUUCCAUGUUUUGUCUUUUCA